CCUCCCGGCCUCCCUUCUCCUCUUGGCCGGCCCAUGUUUAUUUCCUUCCUCUCGGCAGCGCAGCAGCUCGUCUUCUACUUCCAGCUGCCUCUAUCUUCGACAUCCGCAACCAAGCCACCGGAAAAUGCGUGCAAAUCCAAGCCAAAUACAAGGGGAAGAUCAUCUGGAAGUUGGCAAACGGGAUCAACCGUGAGUCCUCAACCGAAUCCCCACCUUAUCCCUAUCCGAAUCAAAAUCGAAUCCCUCUCUUAUCUCCAACUCAAUUAAACCCAAAUCGCCCAAAAUCCAAUUGGAUAAAGCUCCGGCCGGCCGUUCUCCCCGAAUCCUAACCGAACUGGAUCUCUAUCUCCUCUUUGUGGUGCCUUAGUCCCUGCCUAUAGAGGAGGGCUGUGCGAUCGGUUGACGGGGGUCGGAGAGGAGGAACCGCGCGGAAUCCCUGCCGUUUUGUCCCGAGGCCGGCCGGAGGCCCUGCUCGCUGCUGCCCACGGCGCUGAAGAAGGGCUAGCCGGAAGCCCUGCUUCGAAGCCCCGCCGCCCUGUUGCCGCCUAACCUGCUGCUCUGCUGUCGCCCUUGCUGCUGCCCGAUCAGUUGUGCUGAAGGCCAGGCGAACUAGUCAUGGAGCUAAAUAACGGACAAAGUCACAAAUCGGAGGACGAAGACAGGCUCAGCAUGCUGACUGAUGAUAUUUUGUUAUCCAUCUUGGGGAGAGUUGACAUAACUACGGCUGUAAGGACAAGUGUUUUAUCAACACAGUGGAAACAUCUGCCGUGGUUGCUCCGUGAGCUCACCUUCGAUGUCAGAAAUUUCCUCUCUGUCCCAUGCCCAAACCCCAUUGAAGUUGAACAUAUGGACAAAGCAAUGUCCUCCCUAACCAAAGCAAUUACAAACUUCUUAGCUGCUCCCCGAAGCGAAGCUACCAUCACAAGGCUGCAACUUAAGCUCUAUUUGGUCAACAAUUACUCAGAUGUCAUUGGCCCUUUUGUAAGUCAAGCAAUUGACACUGGAACCGUAAAAGAUUUAGACCUUGCCAUUGUGGACGAGAAGGAGCCUGAUGACUGCUAUGACGAGGAAAUGCUGCAGCAAGCUCGCACUGUGGAUGGCUUUUUCAGUGCCUAUCCUAGUGUGUUUCAUUGCCUCACAAGACUUUCUUUAUAUAAUGUUUGCUUUGCUGAAUGGGACAUGCAUCACCUCCUAUUUGACUGUUGCAAGCAACUGCAGCAUCUCUACCUCUUCAACUGUGAUGCGGGGGGACUCUCGGAAUGGAAGAUACAUGCACCGAACUCGAAACUUAGUGUGCUUGAACUCUGCUUCUGCUGCUUGGGGAAACUUGAGGUUCUGUGCCUUCCAAAACUAGAGCGGUUUCGUUGGGAUAGUUGGAUUUGUCCAAAUAUCCCAUUGUCAUUUGAUGUUGUCCCAUCCCUUAAGGAACUGUACUUCAUAUGUACUGCAACUGUUGAUCAUCAAGGGUUUAAGUUAAGCGAGGUUCUAAGAGACACCACAGCUGUAGAGAACCUAACAUUAAAUUUCCAUGGAGAAAAGAUUUGGAUAAAACCGGAAGGAAAACAACUCUGCACAACAUUCAAGAAACUAAGGAAGCUAUCUCUACAUGGCAUUUUUGUUGAAUUUGACCUGUUAUGGACGAUAUUUCUCCUUGAAGCUGCGCCUGCUGUUGAGAUAUUUGACAUUGAGAUAUGGGAACAUCCAUGCAUAGUGGAUACUGAGAAGAGACAACGGACUUUUGGUAAACGAACAAAUCCUUCGUGGAAGGUGCCUGAGUUCAAAAGUUGUAAGGACUGGCUAUUGAAAGAGGUCAAGGUUACUGGCUUUAGUCCAAUGGAGCAACAAAUGACAUUUUUAAGGGUUGUGAUGGAGCGAGCUCCCAAUUUACGCACUGUUGUCCUGAACGAUUACCAGACUUGUGAUUACUGUGAGGAGAUAGGUGCACUGCCACGUUAUGAAAGAUUACCAGCAGAACGUGUCUUCCCGAAGGGCAAGGAUGAGCGGGACAUGGCAGUUGAGCAACUUAUUAGAGACAUGCCCGCCUGCAAUUUUCAAAUAAUUUUCGGGAACUAAAAAUCAGUACUGAUUCUAGAGCUCAAUUAGUUUUGAUUGUACCAAACCCUAGCUACGCCCCUUGCCUCUAUACGAAAACGGCCUCGGUACGAAAGGCGAGGACACAAGGCAAGAAUUCCAACUGCGUAAUGA